AUGGCCAAGAUUACCUCGAUAAUAGGAGUCCUUUUGGGUGCGUGGGCCACAACCACCGCAACCUCCAUCCCAACUCGAUCCCCGGCUGCUGCUGCUCUCUCCUCGCUAGGUGUUUCUCUUCCAGCUGGUGAUGUUCUCAUCGGAAAUGCUGGUUACACCUGUAGUCUCUUGAAUCACAUCUUUUCCAAGAACGAGACUUUUACAGUGACUUCGCCUUACUAUGACGUUUUGAUCGACGAAGCGUGGUCGCAGAAUUGCCGAUUGAAUGCGUCCUGCGUUGUGACACCUGAUUCCGCUCAAGAGGUCUCUCGCCUGUUGCAGAUCCUCAGCAUUCUGGAGACAAAAUUUGCCAUUCACUCCGGCGGACACAAUACCAACCCAGGAUUCAGUUCGAUCGGUCGCAAUGGAGUCUUGAUAGCUCUGGAGAAGUUGAGCACCAUUUCCAUAAGCGCUAAUCGCAAAACUGUCACUGUUGGGCCUGGUAAUAAAUGGCGGUCUGUAUACAAGUUCCUCCAGCCGUAUAAUGUCACAGUCUUGGGAGGCCGUGAAGCUGUCGUUGGCGUUGGGGGGUACAUUCUCGGUGGUGGCCUCAGCACAUUUUACAACACCUAUGGGUUGGCUAUUGACAGUGUCACCCGAUUUCAGGUGGUGCUCCCUAAUGGAAAUAUUGUCAACGCCACCCAAACCGAGAAUGCCGAUCUAUAUAAGGGCCUUAAGGGAGGCCUGAACAACUUCGGCAUCGUGACUGAAUAUGAUCUCAUCACCAACACCGGCAUCAAUAUCUACUACGAGAUCAACACGUACACCAUUUCCAACACACCCGCCGUACUUGCGGCCUAUGCAAAGUAUCUUUUGGAUCUCGAUAUCAAUAGUAACGUGGAAAUCCAGGUCAACCCCACCUAUACUUUGGUUUUCUACGGCUAUCUGGGCCAUGUAUCCACACCCGCAACUUUUGGUCCAUUUUCUGGCAUACCCGUAGCCUCGACAAUUUACCCACCGACAAACGGCUCCCUAAGUGAGCUUCUCCUCACAAUUGGUUCCGCCGGGCUGACAUCUGAGGGAGUAUCCUACAGCAGUACCUUCACGUUUAAGGCUACUGGGCCGAAAUUCCUGCAGGAUACCCACUUGGCCUAUCUCGAGGCCGCUGCCUCUCUGCCCUCCGGUGCGGCUCUCUCUUACGUACCUCAAGGGAUCAUUCCGAACCUAGUGACUCGAGGAAAGUCACAGAAUGGAGGAAAUCUGCUAGGUCUAGAAGCUACACCUCAGCUCUGGAUGAAUAUCUUUGUCCAAUUCCCAGCAACGCCCAAUCAAUCAGAGGUGGCAGGUACUGUGGACUCAUUGUUGGCCAAUCUCACCUCCAGCGCAAAGUCGGAGGAUGUUUUCCUCCCCUACAUCUUUGUCAACGACGCAGGCCCCAACCAGAAGCCGCUGCAGUCAUUUGGGGAAAGCAAUAUCAAGUAUAUUGACGCAGUUUCAAAGAAGUAUGAUCCCCAGAGAAUCAUGCAGAAGCUACAAAACCAGGCAUACUUUGUUUCGAAGGAGUUGUAA